UCCGCUUCGCACAUGCGCAAAAUGCGGGCGGAGAAGGGGGCGUCUUCGUCCCGGGGCUUUGGUGUCCCAUUGCUAGCCAGAACGUCGUCUGAGGUGGGGAGCUGGGAUCUGAAGCUUCGCGUGAAAAGAAAAGAAUGAGCUGCAGCAAGGUAAGCAUGGAGUAGAGAGUUGGAUUUCAUCAAGAUUAGUGUCUUUGCAAGAUGAUUCAUGGUGAUGGCUUGCAGGGUCAUAAAUAAAAGAAGGCACAUGGGACUUCAGCAACUUUCAUCAUUUGCAGGAACAGGAAGAACUUUCCUAGGCCCAUUAAAAUCAUCGAAAUUUAUUAUAGAUGCAGAGUGUCAUGAAGGUGUGUUAAUCAGUUCAACAGUAAGGCUUCUCGAAAGUUUGGAUUUAACCAGCGCAGUGGGACAACUUCUCAAUGAAGCAGUUCAAGCACAAAAUAACACAUAUAAAACUGGAACUAGUACUCUUCUGUUCCUUGUUGGUGCAUGGAGCAGUGCUGCUGAAGAAUGUCUCCAUUUAGGUGUCCCCAUUUCAUUAAUAGUGUCUGCAAUGUCAGAAGGCCUGAACUCUUGCAUUGAAGAGGUAGUUUCCCUUCAAGUACCUAUCCACAAUGUAUUUGACUAUAUAGACAGCACAAAGACAUUUUCUGGACUUGAAACAUUUAGUGGCAGUUUGUGCCCUUUUCUACAAAUCCCUUCAGAUACUGGUUUACAGAAAGAGCAUGAUCUCAAAGAUGUUGCCUCUCCAUCACUGACCAUUUGCAAUCUUUCUGGGAUACCUGUUAAAUCACCUAAACUCUUUAGACCUCAGGCUGAAGUUGAAGCAGAUAAAAACACGUUACAAAAUUCUCAAACUCUGAAAAACAGUCUGCUCACAGGCAACUAUCAUAGAAAGUCAAUACUAAUCCACAGUAGGCAUUUUAAUAGGACAGAUAAUAAUCAGUGGAUAAACAAACCAGAUGGAUUUCUAGAACAACAUGGUGCAACUUCUCCCAGUACUUACAGAUGUAAUGAUUUGGUAGAGUUGGAGAUGGGUUUAAGUCACGGAGAUCACAACAGCAUGAAAUUAGUAGAUGAAGCAGUACGGCUGCAGUAUCAGAAUGCAAGUAUGCAGCAAGGCAACUGUACGAUGCCAUUUAGGUUUGACAUUUCAAGACUCUUCACUUGCUCUUUACCAGGUGUACCUGAAACUUUCUCUUGUGUCUGCCCAGGAUUUAUCACUGUAGUAUCAAUAUCUAAUUCUGCUCUGAUUAAGGAAUUACAGAAUCAGCCUCUCCGGAUUAUUCUCAUUGAGGGUGACCUCACAGAGAAUUAUCGCCACCUGGGAUUUAACAAGGCUACGAAUAUUAACACAGUACUGGAAAGCAUGAAGGUUCAACAAGACAGCUCAGAAGAACUGUGGACAAAUUAUGUAUUACAGGUACUAAUUAAGUUCAAUGUGAACCUUGUCCUGGUACAAGGAAAUGUGUCUGAACACUUAAUUGAAAAGUGCUUACCCAAUAAGCGGUUGGUACUUGGGCCAGUGAAUAGCAGUGUGAUGCAGGCUUUUGCAGAAGCUUCAGGAGCAGUACAGGUGACCUAUAUCACACAAGUGAAUGAAAACUGUGUGGGCAGUGGGGUCUACGUGACCUUCUGGAGAAAUAUUCCUUCGGAUGUCAUGGAUAGAAUCAAUAUAAUCACAGUCGUGAUAAAAAUCGAAGGAAUUAAUUUGGUUACAGUAGUGCUCACUAGCCCAGUCACUGCACAGAUGCAAUCCAAAGAAGACAGGUUCUGGGCUUGUGCCUAUCGUCUGUAUUAUGCUCUAAAAGAGCAAAAGGUCUUCCUUGGAGGUGGGGCAGUUGAAUUUUUGUGUCUUAGCCAUCUUCAAAUUCUUGCAGAGCAAUCACUGAGUAAACGAAACCACGUCUGUUCAGGAUGGCUUCAUAAUACUUCCUCUUGGCUGGCCUCAUCUCUGGCACUGUACAGAUCAACUGUGCUUAAAUGCCUGGCAAACGGAUGGCACAAAUACCUUUCAACUCUCGUAUAUAACAUGGCCAAUUGCUCAUCAGAAUUUGAAGCCAGCACAUUCAUUCAGCAGCAUCUACAAAAUGCCACAGACUCUGGCUCUCCUUCAUCUUACAUCUUGAAUGAAUAUAGUAAGCUUAAUAGUGGAAUUUUUAAUUCGGGCAUUUCAAAUAAACUGGAACAGAUUCCAAGCGUUUAUGACGUUGUUAUACCAAAGAUUGAGGCAUGGCGCCGAGCUUUGGAUUUAGUACUCUUAGUACUUCAGACAGACAGUGAAAUUAUUACUGGACUUGGACACACACGGUUAAAUUCACAGGAAACAGAGGGUUUUUUAUUUUUGUAGUGUUAUUGGCUAAGUCUUUGGAAAAUAAUAUUUUGUUAUAUAUCAUGCUAAUGAUAAAUUUCCUAGUAGCUAAGUCAUAGUGCCUAAAAUGCCAGCCAUUACCAAGAAGAAAAUUAUUGAUGUCUGUCAGUAAUUGCAGGGUCUGAGAUUUCACCCGACUUACAAGCUAACAGGUUAGCCUGUUACUAUUUCAUGGUAUGCUACAGGAUACAUGAGACGCUUGGACAGAGACAAAGCACUUUUAUUAUUCACAACAAAAGUGGUAGCCAGAGCUUCCUGUUGGUUUGUAUCAGUUCCCAUUUCUCUGAGCCCCAUAAGAGCAACAUAAAAGGCCAGUGAUGGAAGCCUGCACAUGCAGUGGGUUGUGUUACAGAAAAGGAACACUGAGCUUGGGACAUUGACUGCUUUUAUAGUGACCAGAAACAAUCCUGUUUUUUGUCCAAGGGGUAGUUGCUACCUCAUGCCUCAAGGUUGCUUAGUGUAAACACAAGCCUAAGACAUGGACUGGGUAAAGAUAGGUCAGGUCCUUGCAUUCAAGGCACACCCAGAAAGUAUGCAGUGUCAUUCAGAGCCCAUAAUGGAUAGCCUCUUCCAUUUACUCACUUCUUAACCUGACAUGUUCUUGGCCAAACUUGAAUUUUCAUGGAAGAAUGCCACUCUGUUUACUAGUCUGAUUAAUCUGAUAAACAGGUUGUUUCGUCAAUACCAGAUCUAUUCAGUUGGUUUCAUAUAGCAGUUAAUUAAGGCUACUAUCAACAGACUCUGAGCAGCAGGAUGAAACCAGUCUGCAGUAUUGACCUCAGUCAUGUCCCGUAGUGUCUUGAAUUUAGUCAAUUUUAAAUUCCAACGGGGGUCUUUUUAUUAGCCUGAAUGUAUUGUAAGACCAAUGUAUCAUAUAUUAUGACCCUCACAAGGGAGCUUUGACUGAGUUGCUGAUCUUUGAUGUCAAUGACAAAAUGACAGGGGCAAUAGAUGGCCAAAAACAAAUCCCCCCUCCCUAAUGGAGAGACCUACUAUGGCCCAUUUUUCCCAAAUAUAAGCACAUAACCCCAACAGGGCACGGUCUCUCUACUUCAGGAUUUGUUGUGAAACCUGAUUUGAAUCACCAUUGUAUAGAUUUAAUUAAGUCACAUAGGUCGUGCCACCCAGUAGUUGCAGCCUCAGUUGCCAUAAUGGCAAAAUCCAAGGCUACUCAAAUGUUGCUCUUCCCACCCUGUUGAGUAACUUGUACUCAACAAACUUGCAAUUUUUAUUUCCUCCUUGCUGGUGGCAUUUGUUUUAGCUUUGAGGACCCCUUGACUUAGAAGCAAUAGCCUACUCAAGCAUAAGAUCAGUCAGAUUGAAACAAGGUUGUCCUGGUUUCUGUGUUUGUACAUUUUCGCAGCUGCCAUCGAUGGCAUUAUGAACUGCUUCCAAUACUGAAUAAGUCUUAAUAAGGAGGAAACAUUUGUUUGUUUGACUCCUGGGCGGAUUGAGCGCUAUGACUCUGUCUAAACAAUGCUGAGAAACGGCUUGGCAAACAGAGUUCUGAAUUUUGUUUGGGUUUAGCAGCCACUUCUACUGGUGGAGGUUGAUAAUGGCCACAGUCAAAACCAUUGAGAUGAGCUUCUAACUUGACCACCAGAACAUCAUCUAUAUAGUGAACAUUUGGGAUAUCAGAGCAUAGAGGCGCUCACACUAAAUCCCAACCCGCCAAUAGGUUAGGAUGGGUUAGGGCAUGGUAGUAGAUGGCAGGAAGUUUGUCUCAUUUCUCUAUAUAGAGCAGCAAUACCUUGAAUGGGAGGAUCUCCUCUGGCACUUUAUGAGCAUUUACAAAAUAAGCAUAUAACACCUCAAUACCAGUUACGUAUUUUCAUAACAAUUCAUUCUAAUCCUAUCAGUUGACUUUAGUCACUUUAUCCCCCGUAUGGGAAUAUGGCAAGUUUAACGUUGGCACAUUAGGAGCUUUAACUGUGGUGAAGAGAUUAUGUUAGCUCCCUGGUUGGGAGCUCCAGAAGGAGCAAGGGGUAAAGGCUGCAUCCAAGGAGCCUCUUUUUUUCUUUUUUUUGGCCCCUUGCUUCAGUGUUGGUACCAGCUUCUUUCCUGUGCACUUCCCAGUAUGUAGGGAGCCCCCACACUCUGGGGAUCUUUCUUUUUGCCCUCCAUAUAACUAACCCUGCACCUCCUCAGUGUCCUGCAGCCUUUGGUACCUUUGACCACCCUGUGCCCGAUACCAACUUCCCCUAUGGGACUGGGUAGAAUGGUGACGAGCACCUGUAUCUAACAGCUGUAAAAGUUUGAGUCACUUUCUUCCCCCAUGUAUUCCCAUCAUACUUGGCUUUCUCCUUAAAGCAGCUGAGGUCAGGGUAGAGGGUGAAGGAGUUACCAAGAAGUGUAGAGGGAGAGAAUGGCUCCAGUAUUGCAUUUACUUUUGUUUUUGAUCAGCUGCCCAACUUGUACUCAACAAACUUGCAAUUUUUAUUUCCUCCUUGCUGGUGGCAUUUGUUUUAGCUUUGAGGACCCCUUGACUUAGCAAUAGCCACACUUCUUGGCUAGAGCCCUGGGACGUGCUGCCUUGUUAUCAUAUUAAUAUCAUUGCUCUUCCCACCCUGAGGUGAGUGAGCAACAACCAACACACCAUUUGGGUGGCUUGUUUUAAUCCUACUUCUCACUGCUUAGCCUCCAAACAUAAAUUAACAGGCAGGACAGUGGGAGACUCCUCCCCACCUCCCUUUCCCACUACUUAACAUUUACUGUUGGAUCCCAGGGAGUCUUAUAUCUCUUAACCCAGAGCAGUGGGGCCCUCAUCCUUUUCAGAAACCAUGGCUCUCUCAGCCAAAGCAGUAAAGAACUGUGUAGGGUCUGAGAUUUUGCCCCGUUUAUAAGCUAUCAGUUAAAAUGUAAUGGGAUACAGCCAGAAAACAAUCCUGGAUCAGAAACAAAUGACUUUACAAUAGCCAGAGCUUUGUGUUGGUUUAUUUUGGUCCUCUGUCCUUGCAAGUCCCACAGAGGUGACAUAAAGGGCCAUGAUGAAUACAUGCACAAGAGAUUGUGUUACAGGAGAGGAGUGCAUAACUUGGGCAAAUCACAACUUUUACAGUAAGCAGAAGUAAGCCUUUUCUUGGUCUGGAGUGAGAUGUUACAUCAUCAUUCAGGGUUACUCGCUAGAAACACAUCCCUGAGAAAUGGCCUGGAAAAAGAGUACUCCAACCCAGCAAGAACAUGCUGAGAGUCAAUAGCAUUCUGUGUAUCCCAACAAAGUCUUGCUCUUUUGCCACUUAGCCAUUAAAUGAACAUCUUAAGAAUGGAAUUAUGUGUGGAGUUGAAUAUUAGAAAAGCUCUGGGGAAAUAACAGUAGUAAUUAAGUUAUUGAUUACCUACCAUGUCCCAGGCACUAUUCUAAAUUCUUCACAUAUUGUAUUAAUGCUUUAGGGUUGCCAUAACAAAAUACCACGUAUUAGGGGGCUUAAACAACAGAAAUUUAUUUUCUCACAAUUCUGGGGGCUAGAAUCUGAGAUCAAGGUGUUGGCAGAGUCGGUUUCUUCUGAGGCCUCUUUCCUUCACUUGUAGAUGGAUAUCUUCUCCCUUUGUUUCACAAUGUCUUCCCUCUGUAUCUGUCUGUGUCCUAAUUUCCUCUUCUUGUAAGGACACUAAGUCAUAAUGGAUGAGGGCCUUCCCUAAUGACCUUAUUUUAACUUGAUUACCUCUUUAAAGAGCCUGUCUCCAGUGAAGUCACGUUCUGAGGUAUGGGGGAUUAGGACUUCAACAUAUGAAUGGGGGGGGCACACAAUUCAGCCUAUAAGACAUAUAUUAUCUCAAUCUUUGAAACAUUUAUUUUCUCCAUUGUAUGAUGAGGAAAUUAGUUUAGGAAGGUUAAGAAACUUGCCCAAAGUCUUAAAGCUAGUAGGUAGAAGAGCUGGAGUUUACACUAAGAUUUUAUCUGGCUCCAAAGUAUAUUUCUAAGUAUUAACUGUGAAAGGAAGCUUUUUCUGGAAAGUAACAACAACAAAAGAAUGUCUAGUUUAUUUAUAGGGAUAAUUUAAAUGUACUAGAAAAUAUGACUUGGUUAUCUUCUACUCAAGUAAAAGAAUAUUAACUUUUGGUUUAGUGGUUGUCUUAAAUGUGGUUACCUGAAAACCUUGCACAGAUCAUCAUUCCAGUUAUAUACACCAUCUUUGUUCAAAGUUAGAAUAACAACAACAUUAAAUGUUGAACUGUUUUUUAAAAUAAAGUGUAUUUUACUUGUUUAGGAAUUGAUACUUUUACUCUCCUGUGUACUAUUAACACUUAAUUUUUGUUAAAAUAUUACGAAGAUUAUCAGCACCACUAAUAUUAAUGUAGAUGCUUAUUUAUAUAAUAGAUUUUUUGUGAAAUUGGUAUUUGCAUAUAUUGGUACUAUUAAAUAUUUAGUAAAA